AUGGAGAAGCUGCGCGACGCGCGCCUCUGCCCCCACUGCUCCAAGCUCUGCUGCUUCAGCUGCAUCCGGCGUUGGCUGACGGAACAAAGAGCUCAGUGCCCUCAUUGUAGAGCCCCUCUGCAGCUACGAGAGCUCGUCAACUGUCGUUGGGCAGAAGAGGUCACACAACAGCUUGAUACUCUUCAGCUGUGCAACCUCACCAAGCACGAAGAGAAUGAGAAAGACAAGUGUGAAAACCAUCAUGAGAAGCUCAGUGUCUUCUGCUGGACCUGUAAGAAGUGUAUCUGCCACCAGUGUGCACUUUGGGGAGGAAUGCAUGGAGGACAUACUUUUAAGCCACUGGCAGAAAUCUACGAGCAACAUGUCACAAAAGUAAAUGAAGAAGUGGCAAAGCUUAGGAGAAGACUCAUGGAAUUGAUCAGUUUGGUGCAAGAAGUGGAGAGGAACGUGGAGGCGGUGCGGAGCGCCAAGGACGAGCGGGUGCGGGAGAUCCGCAACGCCGUGGAGAUGAUGAUCGCCCGCUUAGACACGCAGCUGAAGAACAAGCUGAUAACACUGAUGGGUCAAAAGACAUCACUUACUCAAGAAACUGAACUUCUGGAAUCCCUGCUUCAAGAAGUAGAACAUCAGCUACGAUCAUGCAGUAAGAGUGAGCUGAUAUCCAAAAGCUCAGAGAUCCUGCUGAUGUUCCAGCAGGUCCAUCGCAAGCCCAUGGCCUCGUUUGUCACUACUCCUGUCCCCCCAGACUUCACAAGUGAAUUGGUUCCAGCCUAUGACUCAACUACAUUUGUUUUGGAAAACUUCAGUACCUUGCGUCAGCGAGCAGAUCCUGUGUACAGCCCACCUCUGCAAGUGUCAGGACUCUGCUGGAGAUUAAAAGUUUAUCCAGAUGGAAAUGGAGUAGUACGGGGCUACUACCUGUCUGUGUUCCUGGAGCUGUCUGCUGGAUUGCCAGAGACAUCCAAGUACGAGUACCGUGUUGAAAUGGUUCACCAGUCCACCAACGACCCCACCAAAAACAUCAUCCGGGAGUUUGCCUCUGACUUUGAAGUUGGAGAGUGCUGGGGUUACAACAGGUUCUUCCGUUUAGACUUGCUCGCCAAUGAAGGCUACCUGAACAGGCAGAAUGACACUGUGAUCCUCAGGUUCCAAGUGCGCUCACCGACCUUCUUCCAAAAGUGCCGCGACCAGCACUGGUACAUUGCUCAGCUGGAAGCAGCUCAGACGAGUUAUAUCCAACAAAUAAAUAACCUUAAAGAAAGGCUCGCGAUUGAACUUUCCCGGACUCAGAAGUCCCGAGGCAUUUCCCCCCCAGACACUCAUCUCAGUCCCCAGAAUGAUGAUGGCCCAGAAACGAGAUCAAAGAAAUCUGGACAAAGCACUGAAGUGCUACUUGAGAACGUGGCUGCCCCAGGAUUAGUGCGAGACAGCAAGGAAGAGGAGGAGGAGAAGAUCCAGCAUGAAGACUUCAAUCACGAGCUCUCUGAUGGUGACUUGGAUAUAGAUCUUGCUGGGGAAGAUGAGGUGAACCACCUUGAUGGUAGCAGCUCUUCAGCCAGUUCGACAGCAACUAGUAACACUGAAGAAAAUGAUAUUGAUGAAGAAACUAUGUCUGGAGAAAAUGAUGUGGAAUAUAGCAGCAACAUGGAGUUGGAAGAAGGAGAUCUGAUGGAGGAUGCAGCAGCUGCUGCUACUCCUGGAGCAUCAGGUACCAGCCACAGCUAUACCAGUGCAAGUGGAAGACCUUCAAGGCGGGGUGGAAGUGCCCUGGGCUCAACAGCCAGUAGCAGUUUACUCGAUAUAGAUCCCUUAAUUUUAAUCCACUUGUUGGACCUGAAAGACAGAAAUGGUAUGGAGAACCUCUGGGGCCUUCAGCCACGUCCACCUGCCUCUCUUAUGCAGAGCAGAGCAUCGUCCUAUUCUCUGAAGGAUCGGGACCAGCGGAGGCACCAGGCGAUGUGGCGUGUGCCACCUGACCUGAAGAUGCUCAAAAGACUUAAAACUCAGAUGGCUGAAGUGCGAAGCAAAAUGUCUGAUGUGAAGAACCAGCUCUCAGAAGUGAGAGGGGGCAGUGCUGGCUCCUGUGAUGGACAGCCCAGCUUCUUCUCCAUCGAGCAAGGCGCUUUAGCUGCCUGUGGAACGGAAAGCUGCAGCAAGCUGCAGGAAAUAGGAAUGGAACUACUGACAAAGUCUUCAGUGACCAGUUGUUACAUAAGGAAUUCUGCAAGUAAGAAGGGUAACUCCCCCAAGCCCCUUCGCUCGGGAGCAGCAGGCAGCCUGUCCCUGCGCAGAGCCAUGGACUGUGGGGACAGCCUGCGGCCCAAGGGGGACGGCCAGACCGCCGACAGUGGCAUGGGGAGCUCGAAGCUGAGCGGCCGGCAUCACUCUGCCCGGCCCCUGGCUAACAGCACUGCUGCCGAGGCGCUGCCGAAGCCGGAGGAGAGACCUUCUGAAGGGUCAGAUUCUGAUGUGGGAGUUUCUGGCUUAAAUGGCUUAGCUGCUGUAGAGAAGAGCAGAAAAGUUGGUGCUCUAGGCUCAAAUUCUAAAGGAUGUCGUACAGAAGGAGCACAGUCAGGUGGUCUGGAAAACAGCUCUGAACCUGGUGAACUGCAGGGUCUGCUUUCUGAGGGGGCUUCUGCAGGGGCAGAGGAAGCUGGGGUAUGUCAGAAGCAUGUCCUUCAUCUCCUACCAGGGAUGAGCAGUGACAGUGACAUCGAAUGUGACACAGAGAACGAAGAGCAGGAGGAUGGCGCGUCUGCCUCGGAGGGGUUUGACAGCACCUUCUCUGCCCAGUCCUCCAGCCAAGCCUCAGAGCGGUGCUCAGUGUUCCCAGAAGGUGAUCAAGUCGGUCCUGAUGAUCUCAGCUUUGCUACUGGAGAAGACAGCACCAGGUAA